ACGAUGGCCCUCUGUGGCCUGCUGUAGUAUACUGUCGCUUGUAAUUUGUACCCUGAAUCACUAAUGAAAUAGAAUAAUGUGUACGCUACCACGAACAUUCUAUCAACAAUUCAACAUACACAUUGUAUAUUUAAUAGUAAUGAAAGUCAUUGCACCGUACAAAAAUUAAAAUAUCCGAUACAAUACACUCACAAUGAUAAAUGGACAGCAAAAAUACGAGUACCUCGUCCUAACGCACGUUAGCAGCGGGGACGACAAUGUCUUGAACCUUGUGUCGCAAACGGGCUGUGCAGGUAUCGUACGCAGCCUUGUACAGCGUGGUAGAUCUCACGCUGCUGCCGGCACCAAAACAACCUCAUCGAGGGGUGGCGUAGGUAAAAUUUCCGCAGGGGGGAGCAGGCGACGCUCUGUGACAAGAUCCUCCUCUAUUAACCGCAUGCGUAGUAUAGCCACACCCGUUAAAUGCUUGCGCACCCAAACACACUCUACCAACGGAAUUAAUAUCCUAACACAGGCGGGUAAGCUCGUCUCUAGUUCACGCACACAUCGCACACUGCACAAAGCCGACUCGGAAGCAUUCGAGUGGAAGAAUGGACAUAUGCGAGCCGUAUCCUUACUAUUAAACACAGACGACAGUAAGUUUAAUGUCGUGAUGGACCCUAUGGAGGCCCUGGAGUGGGCUAUUGAACGGGGGUACUCUGGGGUUGUCUCUGCCUUCGCACGCGAUACGAAAACUUCGGUUCAAAAUCUGGUUGAACCGUUCUCAAUGUCAACGGUGUAUGGGUUGGAUCGGUCGGUGGUUUCCGGGGUGCACGUGGCCAUGACACAGAGUCGUGUCCGCAAGUAGUCAGUUGACCAUACGUAAUCAAUAAUUAAACGCACACAACACUACAGCGCAUAUAAUACGA